UUGGUACUACAACAACUGGAAGAAAAAAAUUUUAACUUACAAAAAGUUGCUGAAAAUCUGAAAAAAAAAUUUGACAGUAUUUACGGUAAAGGAUGGCAAUGUAUUGUUGGUAACAGUUUUGGUUGCUAUAUCACUCAUAUACCAAAUUCCUUUUUGUAUUUUACUGUGGAACCAUUUUCUGUGGUACUUUUUCGUACGGAAAAUGGUAACGCAAUUGUUUGA